AUGGUAUCUUUCCAGAAUGGGCUACACUUGUCAAGUCUUUCAAGUGUCCCAUGGACCCUAAGACCUCUAAAUUCAAACGCUUCCAAGAGUCCUGCAAGAAAAGACGUGGAGCGUGCUUUUGGGGUACUUCAAGGCCGAUGGAUAAUCAUUCAACAGGGUGCGCGUCCAUUAAGUAUUAACAAAAUUAAAUGCAUCGUGUACUCUUGUGUGUUGUUGCACAACAUGAUCGUUGAGUAUAACGGGCGUGCAAUCAGUCCUUUGGAUUUGGAGCUAAUUCCCGAUACCCCGCCAACGCGUUCUUGGGACGAACGUGUAGACAUUCAGUUAUGUAUGACAGGGGAGUUACGUGAUAGGGCGACACACAACCGUCUAAGAGGCGCCCUAGUCGAGCACAUUUGGAACUUGCCGGAAAACGAACGUGAACAUUGA